UUGGAAACACAGUCUUUGCAUGAAGCAGAUGAAGAUGUGGUCACUGAUGUCGACUUCACCAGUAUGAUUUCUGAAGAAGAGAAAGAAGAGUUAAAGACUGAGCUAGCUAAGCUAGAGGAUGAAAUCUCAACUUUGCGGCAAGUAUUAGCAGCCAAAGAAAAGCACCUGGUGGAAAUUAAACAAAAACUUGGCAUAAGUCUGAUGAAUGAACUGAAGCAGAACUUUAGCAAAAGCUGGCAUGAUAUGCAGACAACUUCUGCUUACAAGAAAACACAUGAAACCCUGAGCCAUGCAGGACAGAAGGCCACAGCAGCUAUCAGCAACGUAGGAACUGCUAUCAGCAAGAAGUUUGGAGAUAUGAGAUCGCAUUCGAUUGGCUACUCCAUUCGCCAUUCCAUAAGCAUGCCUGCGAUGAGGAAUUCUCCAACAUUCAAAUCGUUUGAGGAGAAGGUUGAGACCACUGUCACAAACCUUAAGACCAGGGUUGGCGGGACGGGCCACGGCGGGGGCAGCUUCGAGGAGGUGCUCAGCUCCACGGCCCACGCCAGCGCCCAGAGCUCCCUGGCUGGCACCCGCGUGCCCGAGAGCGAGGAGGAGCUUCAGUGCUAG